AUCAAAAUUUCAAAAACAAGAAAAUGGAAUUAACGAGCCUGUAAGGAACUAAACCACUACAAUUCCUAAUUCCCAAAUCAACCACCGCAGAUCGGAAAAAAUGGAUGGUGAGUGAAGAAAUUGGAAGAGAGAGAAAAAGAGAAAGAGAAACAGAGAGAAAGAAAGAGUAAACUUGUAAGACAUGGCUGGGUUACUGGCAUGGGCGGUGGGAGGUGGCGCAGGAAAGGAAGCGGAGGACGAUUCCAUCAUCCCAAUCCUCUUUUCCGAAGAUCAGCAAAGGUAUGUAAUCGAAUUGGAUCAGAAGGCGGCUUCUCUCCGCCGUUUGAUCCAUGAUCUACGGCUGAGAUUGCCUCCCCAAGACAUCUCCCAGAGCCUCCCUCACCUUCACGCCCACUCCCUCGCCUCCAACGCCGCCCUCGCCCUCCAAUUGAACUCCCACUCCGCCACGCGCCAACAGGCCCAACUUAGAGAGGUGACAUUGAAGGAAGAGAAUGCAGCAUAUGAAAAUGCAAUAUCCGAUUUUGAGAAUAAAAUAAAAGAGAAAUUACAAGAGGCUGAUUUACUAAGGACAAAGUUGCAGGAGAUGGAUGAGACUGAGAAGAAACUCAAAGCUGAGCUGGACAAUAUAAAGCAGCAAGCAUCUGAUGGUUGGGACGAAAUGAAGGCAAAAUCUAAAGCUGGAUUUGAUGCAGAUGCAGAAGCAUCGAGAUCAGCUUUACUAGAUGAAUUGGAAGAGAAGAAGAAGCAGUUGAGUUCGAUGGAGGAUGCUGUGAAACAGUUGGAGAAGAAAUGGGCAAAAGUGCAGGAAAAUGCACUUAAACAACCUUCCCCAGCACAAAGAGAGAAGACAUUGGAUAAACAACUUCAUGGUCUAAUUGAGCAACUGGCUGCUAAACAGGCGCAAGCUGAGGGCUUACUGGGUGACAUUCAUUUGAAAGAGAUGGAACUGGAAAGAUUGAAUGGGCUAUGGCGGCAAACAGAAAACAGCAAUUUGGAGGCAAACACUGCUGCUAGGUAUCGUUUCAGUAAAAGCUCCUCAGAUAAGUUACACAGUAUGUCAGAUUAUGAAGGCCAUCAAAGGCUUCCUUAUCACUCUGCUGGCAGAUCUGAAACCCAGCAGAGGCUUAUGCUAUUCAGGUCUGCAUUUGUGCUCUAUAUUUUAGCUUUACAUAUAUUGGUCUUUAUCAGGAUAUCAUUUUAACUAGUAUUGAUUGACACAGUAAGAUGACAUGUUAAUUUUUACUCUGCAUGUUUGAAUCUGUUUGUACUCGUUAGAUAUCCCUUGCACAUAUAUACAUAAGUCUGUAUAAAUGUUUUUUUUUUCGUUCA